CGUCACCACUGAUCCGGAGUAAGAAAGUCAAUACCGCAAGUUGCACUUGCACGCGCUGCCCCCGCUUUCGGCUCUGGCCUACGAAGAUCUAGUUACAAUAACUAGAGUUGACCUAUGAGAAAUGGACUCCGACACAAGCAGAGUGUCCAGCCGGCCCUCCUCUCCAGAAGGAGAUGAUCUUUUCAUCUCUGCGGUGAAGAAAUCGGCGGGUUUUUCGGGCGCAGUUUCUUCUACGCAGAGCGACUCGCCCCCAGAGAUGAGCGCGGACAUGCGCGGCCUUUCAAGCGGCGACGAGAGCGCGCUCGCCCUAAAGAUGUUCUCUAAGAAAGACCGCAAGUUGCUGUCCGAAAAUGAGUUACAGAGCAUUCGCCUAAAAAUCAACAGCCGCGAGCGCAAACGCAUGCACGACUUAAACAUCGCCAUGGACGGCCUGCGCGAGGUCAUGCCUUAUGCGCAUGGACCCUCAGUGCGCAAGCUCUCCAAGAUCGCCACGCUGCUGCUGGCGCGCAACUAUAUCCUCAUGCUUAGUAACUCGCUCGAAGAGAUGAAGCGACUGGUAAGCGAGAUUUACGGGGGCGGAGGUGGAGGCGGCAGCGGCGCACACCACGCGACCUUCCACCCGUCUGCCUGCGGCACUCUGGCACACGCCACAGCUCCACUGGCCAGCCAUGCAGCUGCUGCUGCCGCCGCCGGAUCUCAUCCGGUUCACCACGCGCUGCUCCCGCCAACCGUAUCCAGCGCGGCCGGUUCUCUAUCAGCGCCAGGCCUUUCGGCCGUGGCCUCAGUCAGACCGCAUCACGGACUCCUAAAGGCGCCGUCGGCCGGUGCAAGCCCUCUCACCUCGGGCUUCCAGCACUGGGGCGCGAGUAUGCCGUGCCCGUGUAGCAUGUGCCAGGUCCCUGCGCCUCACGUGCCCGCGAUGAGCUCGGUCAGCAUGCCGCGCCUGGCCAAUGACUCUAAAUGACUCAAGAACUUUUUUUGGACAUUCGGAUAAAUAUUAAGACUUUAUAUUAAGAGACAUUUGAGGGCAGUUUCUGGUUUAAUACCGCCUCAUACACUUACUUGUGCCAUAAUCGGCUUUGUCUCCACAAAUAAAUUGCGGGUGCAUUGGAGCAUUUAGAAAAUAAACUCAGUGAAACUAACAUAGAUCUUUGCUAACCCGUUAGGUGAAGUAGGUUUUACAGCAGGGUACAUUUAUUUCUGAGUCCAUUGUUUCUCUUUCAAGAAACAAACUUAGGAAGUAGGCUAUAACCCAAACAUCGGUGUUAAGUGUAAAUAAAUAUGUAAAUAUGUAGUGUUUGUACAGUAUGAGAGCUUUUAUAUAAUGUAUUGAGUGAAUUCGUUUACCUGGGACUGAAGACGUAUUGCACCUGCUCAUCUCUGUUUAUUUCCUUCUUUCUCCCUUCCUUCUUUUGCUUCAUUUUUUUCUUAUUUUGCUCCUGUUUUACUGUUGUCACUGUUCCGACACAAAGAAUGAUCAUUUUUAUUUUUUAUAAAAGUGUGAACCAAUAUUUAUUUACUUAUUUUCGAUUGUACUUUAAAUGAUCCAAGAAUUUGCUGUA